GAUACUGAUACCCGAUCGAUCCCAUAUAAAUUUUAAAUUUAUUUCAACAGGAAUAUCAAUGUUAAGCAGUGAAAGGGUUAAUAUCGCGCAACUAUCCGGGAAAAUCCGCUCUUUUUCCUUACGGUGUUCCUAACGUGUCCAAUGCAACCAGCUGUCCAUGUCAAAUCUGGUGGUGCCAAGUGCCCCAUGACUCGUAGCGACGUCUCAAUUCCGCCACGGAGGUGGGAAAGCCACUUCCGCGCGAGUCAGCGAAAUUGAAAAUUGCCCGCUGCCAGCGUUACAGCGCCAUUAAGCUCGUUCUUGCUGUUCGUCCUGCCAUUCUAUGCUAUAUCCUCCCAGUUUCUUUUUCCCGCGAUUGAGCAACCAAAGGACGCGGAUACGGAUUUCUUCUCCACUCCUCGCGUAUCGCGCAUGACGAAGGUCACUGCAAGAGAAACUCUUCUGUUGGAUCCACGAGAAGAUCCUUUGUGAAUCAAGUGUGGAAUAUAGCUAUGGAGGCUGCCGAAUGCGUCAGGAACAGUAUUGAAAAUAUGCGAAAAAGCGAGAAUUUCGAAGAAAUUCGUAGUUUAUCGCCCAUUGAAGAGGAAUCCGAAUCCACGCUAUGUUUCAAGGAGGCAUCUACUAAUUUUAUUGAACCAGAAAGAAAUAGUUAUCGAAUGACAAGAUCUCCCUAUAAAGAUUACCAAAGGAUAUUGAGAAAAUCGGAAGGGGAUAGCAGCUCCGGAGACGAUCAAAUGGAACAAGAUUAUCAUCAGCCUAGAAGAGUCACAGGCGGCUAUUAUUGUUUCGAGUCAGAUGCUUUCAAAGAGGCGGAAGCUUCCGGCGACAAUGAUGAGGCAGAAAUCGGUCUCCGUGACAAGUCCUUGAAGACCACCGUGGAACAGCUUAAGUACAGAUUGUCCCAAGCUGAGAGGGAGAUCGUCGCCCUGAAGAGGUACCAGAGUCCACAGAAAUGCCAGAGUCACGAGAGAUGUGAAAUUCUUCAGAGAGAUCUGCUGACUUGGCAAGAUGAGCACGAAAAGAGGAUCUUCUCUCAAAUAGUCAGAUGGCAAUUGACAGAAAGAAGAAGGAUACAUGACGAGAUGGAAAAUAUGAGGAAAGUGUAUGAUAAUAUCGAACGACAUCUGGAAAUCUUGGAGAAGCGAAGUGCGAAAUCUUACUUUGACUUUCAAAGACAAAUCGAUUCGUGAGAGAAGCGACUUAAAGAGGAUGUUAUUAGUUUACACGAAAGCAAUUUGAUCGAACUAUGGGAACAAUUUCGAGUAUGGUCUGAAAUGCAAAAUACAAUAAAUUUGUCGGAAGU